AUGGUUGAAGAUUCCAAGGCCCGUAUCGGUGGUCCCAAUAACAGCAGUGUUACCAAGAAGCAAGAGCCCAGGCUGUAUGUUGUGCUGUGUGAGGCUAGUCUGGAGACUUACACUUCGAAUGACCACAGGACCUCGCUGCUGAACUGUGACGACCAUCAAGGUAUUCUGCGAAAGAUGGGCAGGGACAUCGCUGAGGCCAGACCUGAUAUUACGCACCAGUGUUUGCUGACGUUGCUGGACUCCCCGAUAAAUAAGGCCGGUCUGUUACAAGUCUACAUCCUGACCAAGAAGAACGUGCUGAUCGAGGUGAAUCCAUCUGUGAGAAUACCCAGAACGUUCAAGAGAUUCUCCGGUCUGAUGGUGCAAUUGUUACACAAGCUAUCUAUCAGGUCUAUGGAGAGUUCGAACACACAUUUGCUGAGAGUGGUGAAGAACCCAGUUACGAAAUACCUGCCUGCCGACUGCCGGAAGGUCACUCUUUCUUUUGACGCUGAGGUGAUGAGGCCGCAGGAGUACCUUGGGGAUAAGCAAUCAGUAUGUGUAUUUGUGGGGGCGAUGGCGAGAGGCCACGACUCCUUUGCUGAUGAAUAUGUAGAUGACAAAAUAGCUAUAUCUAACUACCCGCUCUCCGCCUCCGUCGCCUGCUCCAAGUUCUGUCAUGGCGCUGAGGACGCAUGGGCCAUUAUAUAA